AUGGCGACCGCGGCGGACGCACUCGUAUGGAACGUGCCGCCAAGCCCCCACGGCAUCAUGAAGAUCAACCUCGUGUAUGAAAUCUUCGACAACGAUGCGGCAAAUGUGGAUGACGUCAGCGCUCUCUUUACAACGUUGGAGCAAUCCCAUCGUUUGAACGAGUCGCGGAAACGCCCCCGUUCUCCCACUUCAAGUCGAGUCGACGCCGACAGCCACCACGUGGACGAAGUGUCAGCCGUGUUCACCAAACUCGAAGAUGCAUACAAUGACUCCAUUCCUCGUGCCAAACGGACGCGAACAAACGAGACGAGCGGGAAAUACAGCUUGGCCGUCGACGACUGGGAGGCGAAAGAUAGCGACGAAUCCACCGACAUGCGUGGGCUUAAGAAUGACAACAUACUCGCUUUCAAUGGAGACACCCAUUUUGCUCCAUUUUGA